AUGUUUUCGCUGCUGUUGGGGCUGUGGCGGUACUUCUUCUCCAAGGCCGAGUACCACAUCCUCAUCCUCGGCAUUGACAAGGCCGGCAAAACGACCCUCCUGGAGCGCGUGAAGGGCCUGUACACGGACUACGAGGGCAUUCCGCCCGACCGCGUGGUGCCCACGGUGGGGCUCAACAUAGGGCGCGUGGAGGCGCACAAGGCGAAACUCAUCUUCUGGGACCUGGGGGGACAGAUAGGGCUGCGCACGAUAUGGGAGAAGUACUACGAGGAGGCGCAUGCAGUGAUCUACGUGGUGGACGCUGCCUGCCCCGACAGAUUCGACGACGCCCGAGGGGCGCUCGAGAAGGUGCUGAGACAUGAAGACCUGGUUGGAGCUCCAAUCUUGAUCUUCGCCAACAAGCAGGACCUACCAUCGGCAGUGGGCGAGGAGGACUUGACGCACUGCCUGGAGCUGAGGGACCUCAAGGGGCGCUCCGCCAUGGUCAUGCCCGUGUGCGCCUAUGAUGGCACGGGGGUGAGGGAGGGAGUGACGUGGCUGGUGGAGGCAAUGAGGAAGAGCCAACGAGCAGACCUCAUCAAGCAAAGGGCCGAUGCUGCUGCUGCCUUCUGA